CAGACAUUGAGAUUCUAGAAAAACGAUACCCUAUUAUAGUUCAAAAGUUUACUCUAAAUCCAGGUUCGGGUGGAAAGGGAAGAUUCAAUGGAGGGAAUGGUGUUAUUCGUGAGCUUAUGUUUCGUAAAAAUCUCAUUCUAUCAGUGCUUACAGAGAGACGUGUAUACUCUCCCUAUGGGAUGAAGGGAGGAGAACCGGGAAAGAGAGGCAAAAAUCUAUUAAAGUUUCACAGAAAUGGACGGACUGUAGAUCUCGGGGCUAAGAAUUCAGUGCCUACGAAGAAUAUACAGUUCUUUUAUAAUGAUAAUUUUGGUGACACUUGGGAUCAGCUGACGAAGAAUAUACAGUUCUUUUAUAAUGAUAAUUUUGGUGACACUUGGGAUCAGCUGGUGGUGUUUAUAUGGAUU